AUGCUUGAGGAGAGGUGCCAUAUGAGGCUGGCAGCAAAGGAGCUUCGGAUCCAGCAAUACCAGAAGAAGAAGACAGCUGAGCGUAAGGAAGCUCAGAUCGCUCGGGCAGCAGAAAAGCAACUCCGGCAAGACAUACAAUUAUCUAAAACAAGGGCCGUACAUAGUAAAAAGCUUGCUGCACCUCCUCCAGAUGUCGUUAAGGAGCCUAAGGUUGAUAAUAGCUGUACAGCCUUUUUUGUUGUUGGUGUUCGGCGGCCGAAAGUGAUCGCCAGAUGGGGACGAUCGCCAGACGGUGUGAUUGCGCCUGCAUGCUCAGCUGAAGGGUACCUCCUUCUUGCUCACUACACCAAUUCCACUCCCUUGGAAGAAACGAUGGACACGGGUCUUCCAUUCCGCUCGGUCGAGAAUGACACCUCUACAUAUACGCCCUUGGAUCCCAGCACCAGGCAGAUUCGCUGUAUUUCCAUAGCGCCUGGAUAUGGUUCGUCUCCAUUAGUCUGCAACCUUAUCUACUUGUCAUUGAAUGAUGCCGGUUACCGACUCGCCGCGAAUUAUGAAGCUCUCUCAUAUUGCUGGGGUGACUUGUCGACAGUUGUGCCGAUAACUCUCGUUCAUCCGAAGCAAUCGAGCACUGAUAUAGACAAGGCUGAACAAGUUGAGCAGACGUUCUAUGUCACUGCCGACUUGCACUGCGCUUUGCUAAACUUCCGACGUAUACUUUCAGCGCGUAUUCUGUGGGUUGAUGCGAUUUGUAUCAACCAGAACGAUCCAGUCGAACGCAGCCAGCAAGUCUCUUCGAUGGGGCAAAUCUACUCCAGCGCAGAGCGUGUCCUCGUAUGGCUAGGCGUCGAAAAUAUCUGGAGCGAAGUGAUGAUGAGACUUAUGGAGAUCUGGGAUUCGCGCUCCGAGAAAAAUUAUUCGCUGGAUGCCAAGAUCGAUUUGUCAAUGCUAAUAGACAAGGACCGAGAGUGGUUCCUAGAACUGCCUCAAAAGUUCUCGAACCUGCGUAUAUGGACGUGGGAGCUGCCCGAAUCCGACUCAGCGCCAGCGAUUUAUGGUGCUUGCGAUCUCGAAAAGCAAUAUGGGCUUCUGGCACCAUUUUGGAUGGCAUACGCCACUGACUUGGAGUUCAGACGCAGCAUGAUCACGGCAUACAUCACUCACGGGAACAACUAUAGCCCGACUGAGCUCGCUCAGAGAAUUCAAAACCCAGUUCACAUCACGCUAGCAGUCAAAUGGGCCGUGGACGCAUUCUUUUCACGACCCUGGUUUAAACGGGUAUGGGUGAUCCAAGAAGUCUUUCGCGCACCGCUGGAUACGCACGGUCAACCCAAGGUCAAGCUCGUUAUCGGUGACGUCUCAGUGGACUGGGAACGAUUCUGCAAUUUCACGAGAGAUCUCGCAGCAAGAGAGGAGACGAUGAACGCCGGGAUCCACCACUUCCCCAUGGUACGCGAUAAGCCUAGCGGACUUGCAUUCUUCAAAGGGUCCUGGUUAUCUCUUUGGCAACGAGGAAUCAUGGACCGCAAUCAGUUCAUUCCCAUUCUCGAUGUUAUUGAGACCACCGGGGUCUUUCAAGCCAGUGACCGAGCGGAUAAAAUAUACGCUAUACUGGAGCUUGGUAGUGAUACACGCGAGAAUAUGAGCCAUCAUCGUUUACGGCCAGACUAUGUAAACAAAUUGGCAGACUUUGCCAUGUUUGACUUUGCGCGGUGGCAUAUUGGAACGAAGAAGUCUUUGGAUCUGCUCAACUUCUUUCCGGGUUACCAUCCCAAACAAUCGUUGAGAUGGGGCAAUGUGCCGCAAAAAUAUUCUUGGGUGCCAGAUAUCAUUCGCACAGAUGCAGACUGGCCUUUCACAAACUUCAUUCAUAAAGAAUGUCCCGGAUUUCUUAACGGCAACAAGAACCAUGAAUGCGAUCAAGCCCUCAAGCGCUCGUUUACCUUCCGAGACUCAUCGUUCUACAUUGGCGGACUGAUUUUCUCCGAAAUAUCGACUGUUUUCCGAUACCGUCACGUUUCCGGGACUACAUUCACAAUAGGCCAACAAGGCCACGAGGUCUUCACAUUCAUCAGAAAUGAAAUGCGUACAUGGUCCCAAGAGCCCAAUGGUGCUAUUUUUAUGGAACGAGCGAUUCGAAUGUUUGGCAUCAUGGACUCUGAGCACGACAUGCACUUGGGCUUCAUCAACUAUCUCCAUAACAGGGAAAUGGUCAAGGCAGAUGCAGACGACCCAUCUUGGAAAGCAUACUGCGAAAAGCACAACUAUCAACGUGAGCGCGACGAUCGUAAGCAUCUGUGGAACCGCUUCGAGCACCGGUUGAACAGCUUCCACAAGGAAAGACGUCUCUUCUUGACAAAGGAUGGAACUCCAGGUCUAGGACCUGAGCUCAUGUUUCCCGGUGACAUUGUUGUCGGACUGUACACUGGGAGAACGCCAUAUGUGCUGAGGCCAUGUAGACACGGAAAGGAUCACUAUCAGAUGCUGGGGCCUUGCUUGCUAUAUGAUCAGAGGCCAAUGGACGAUGAACGAUACCAACCAAAGCCAGGACAGUCACUCAAGCUCUUCGAAAUUCUGUAG